UUUGCCGAACACAUGCAAAGAGGCCAACAAUUUCCAAAUGGGUGUCUUCUAUGCAGCUUUGUACAUGAAUGCAAUAGGAAUUGGAGGUGUUAAAUCAAGUGUUUCACCAUUUGGAGCAAGCCAAUUUGACAUAACGAACCGAAAGGAGAAGCAACGAAAGGAAGAUUUCUUUGACAGGUUUUUCCUGAUCAUCAACAUCGGAUCCCUGCUAGCUGUCACUGUUCUUGCUUAUGUACUGGACCAUAUUGGUAAACGAUGGGGAUAUGGUUGUUGCUCGGCUGCAAUGCUAGGAGCCUUCUUUUUGUUUGCAUCAGGGACUAAAAGGUACAGGUAUCGAGAACAGGAAGGCAACCCCAUUCUUCAAAUUCUUCAAGUCUUGGUGGCUGCCACACAGAAGUGUAAUAUUAAAUGUCCCUCUUCUGAAAGAUUCUUAUACGAGAAUGCCCCAGAAGAGUUGAGGCUUCCAAUCACAAAUAGGCUCCGGUUUUUGGACAAAGCUGCAAUAAUUACUGAAAAGGAUGGUGGAAUGGAAGAAAUUAUGAUUUCUCCAAAUCCAUGGAGACUCUCUACGGUGACAAAAGUAGAGGAAGUGAAAAAGUUGAGUGGAUUAAUGCCGAUUUGGGCAACAACAAUCAUGUUUUGGACUGUAUAUGCACAGAUAUACAGUUUCUCAAUGCAACAAGCUGUAACUAUGGACAGAUCAUUGGGAAAAAUUUUCCAAACGCCGGUAGGUUCUUUUGCUAUUUUCUUGAUUCUCUCUGGGAUUCUAUCUCUGGCUAUCUAUGACAAGCUGAUUAGGCUGCUCUUCUGGAAAUCCAAAAAACCACAAGGUCUAACAAAUUUGCAGAAGAUAGGGAUAGGGCUCUUCUUUUCAAUAUUAGGAAUGGUGACAGCGUCAUUGGUAGAGGCAAGAAGAUUGUUAGUUGUUAGAGCGACAGGAGGCAUCGGAGAAAGCCUUCCAAUAAGUGCUUUCUGGUUGCUUCCACAAUUCAUCUUUAUUGGCAUUGCAGAGGCCUUCACCUACUCCGGCCAGCUUGAUUUCUUCGUAACUGAGUCCCCUAAAGGGAUGAAAGCAAUAGGGAGUGGUCUCUUUCACACAACAUCCGCAAUGGGAAUGUUUGGGACUAUUAUUUUGGUUGCAGUUGUGAAGACGUUUACUGGAAGAGUAGGCAGCCAAAUAUGGCUGGCUCCUAGGAUCAAUGAUGGUAGAUUGGAUUAUUUCUAUGGACUUGUAGGUCUUUUGUCCUUCGUGAACAUGUGCAUGUUUCUUGUUUGUGCUAAAAAUUACAGAGGAAAUGCUAGAGAAGGUAAACAGAUUGUAGGUGACAAUCAUUAUUCGUCAGAAGAAAGUGCUUAGAACUUGCUGUUUACUUGUUGGAAAAAUCUUGAAACAAAUGAAAUGAAGAGCUUGUG